AUGUCAGAUGCAAAAUACUUUCAACGAGGUAAAAUACAAGAACUUCGUACCGAACUCAAUUCGGACAAGAAAGACAAACAACACACCAAGAAAAAGACAGUUCUAAAAAAGAUUGUGGCCAACAUGACAAUGGGCAACGACAUGUCUUCUUUAUUUCAAGAUGUAAUAAAUUGUAUGCGGAUACCAGCACUAGAAGUAAAAAAGAUGGUAUACCUAUAUUUGAUUAAUUACUCGAGAACAAAACCGGAUAUGGCUGUAAUGGCCAUUCCAACGUUUGUCAAAGAUGCCGAAGACCAAAAUCCGUUGAUACGCGCACUAGCCAUCAGAACCAUGGGGUAUAUCAAUGUCGAGAAAGUGGUCGACGCGUUAAUUGAGCCGCUUCGUCAUUGUUUACGGGAUCAAGAUCCGUACGUUAGGAAAACUGCUGCAAUAACCGUGGCAAAACUGUACAUGUAUGAUCGAUCACUGGUGGAAGGUGAUGGUUUUAUAGAUAUGUUGCGUGAUUUGUUGGCAGACGCUAAUCCAACAGUCGUAGCAAAUGCUGUGGCUGCUCUCACAGAAAUCUCGGAAAGAUCUGAUAAUAUACAAUUGAAGUUGAAUAUGAACGUUGCUAGUAAAUUGGUGGUCGCGCUUAACGAAUGUUCUGAAUGGGGACAAACCUACAUUUUGGAAGCUUUGAUGUCGUAUGUACCACAAGAGAUUGGUGAUGCUGAAUUAUUAUCGGAACUUAUUGCACCGAGACUGCAACAUGCUAAUUCCAGUGUUGUGCUUACUGCCGUCAAAGUUAUAAUGUAUUUUAUGAACUAUAUGACAAAGGAGGAAGAAAUUACUAAUAUGUGUCGUAAAUUGUCACCACCAUUGGUCACGCUUCUUUCUACUGGGCCAGAAGUACAAUAUGUCGCACUUCGUAAUACACUGUUGAUUAUCCAACGAAGACCAGAAGUCCUGCGCAAUGAUAUGAAAGUUUUCUUUUGUAAAUACAAUGAUCCGAUCUAUGUCAAAUUGGCUAAACUGGAAAUUAUGUUCCGUCUGGCCAAUGCCAGUAAUGUAGAUCAAGUAUUAUCAGAAUUAAAAGAAUAUGCCACAGAAGUGGAUGUUGACUUUGUUCGCAAAGCAGUGCGUUCGAUUGGUCGUCUAGCCGUAAAGAUCGAACAGACUGCUGAUCGAUGUAUUGCUGCACUCAUGGAGUUAAUCCAAACCAAAGUUAAUUAUGUCGUCCAAGAAGCGAUAGUUGUCAUCAAGGAUAUUUUCCGCAAAUACCCAAAUCAAUAUGAGCGUAUAAUUGGAACGCUUUGCGAAAAUUUGGAUAAUUUGGAUGAACCGGAAGCAAAAGCAGCAAUGAUUUGGAUUAUAGGCCAAUACGCGGAUCGUAUUGAAAAUUCCGAUGAACUACUGGACGAUUUCUUGUAUACUUUCCUCGAGGAACCCGUUGAGGUGCAAUUGGCGUUGCUCACUGCAACCGUCAAGCUUUUCAUAAAAAGACCAACCGCGGGAAAAGAUCUUGUUCCAAAAGUUUUAAAAUGGGCCACCGAAGAUGUAGAUAAUCCUGAUUUACGGGAUCGAGGUUACAUAUAUUGGCGUUUAUUGUCAACAGAUCCAGCUGCUGCCAAAGCAGUCGUAUUAUCCGAGAAACCAAGAAUUUCCACAGAGACUGAUAAUAUGGAACCGGGACUCCUUGACGAACUGUUACUUCAUAUAUCCAGUCUGUCCUCUAUAUACCAUAAAUCACCACAAACAUUUAUUCAUCACAAUGAAAUGAUCGCUGGCUCGUCGAGAAAUCCGGGAGGACUAGAAUCUAAUCCUUACGCCUUGGAUAUUAUAAAUCCUGAAAAUAAUAAAAACAAUGAUAAUCUAUUGUUGGAUUUGUAG